UUAACUAGAGCCCUUUUCAAAGCAGUCUUAAUUUUCACCUGGGUAGUUUCUCUAUAUAUUACCUAAUAAAACCACAUUUGAAGGGGCCAAGUGGGUGUCCCUUAAGAUUGAAAACCGUGAGUACUUUUCAGUUUUAACAAUUUGAAUCGAAUUGUACGAGAGUUGUGUGGAAGAAAGAUCGGUUUAAAUAAAGAUGGCUGCUUUAACCGAUGAAGGAUCACGUCAUCCACAGCAUGUAGAGGUUGUCCCAUUCAAGACAUCCGGAGUCUCUCUAAAACUCGUCUUGCUACAUGGAAACCUGGAUAUAUGCGUGAAAGAAGCCAUCAAACUCCCAAACUUGGAUGCAUUCAAUAGAAAAUUCACCCCUCUUUCGGGUACAAGUGAUCCAUAUGUAACCAUAUCUGUAGCCAACGCUGUAAUCGGAAGAACUUUUGUGAUAAACAACAGUGAAAACCCUGUUUGGAUGCAACAUUUCUAUGUUCCAGUAGCACACAACACCACCGAAGUGUUAUUUGUUGUUAAAGACAGUGAUGUCGUGGGUUCUCAACUCAUAGGAGCAGUUGGGAUUCCAGCUGAACACUUGGUUGCUAAUUCUAUAGUCAAAGGCACUUUCCCGAUUCUGAAUGCAAGUGGUCAGCCAUGCAAACCUGGUGCCAUGUUAACUCUAUCCAUCAAAUACACACCCGUGGACAAAAUGGUCAUUUACCGUGAUGGAGUAGGGUCGGAUCCGGAAUUUAAAGGCGUCCCAGGAACGUAUUUUCCAUUAAGAAGAGGAGGAAAAGUUACUCUUUAUCAAGAUGCUCAUGUGGAUGGAAGCCUCCCAAAUUUGAAACUUGAUCGUGGUUUAAGAUUUAUACAAGAAGAUUGUUGGCGUGAUAUUUGUGAUGCAAUCAGACAAGCACGUCGUUUGAUUUACAUCACAGGGUGGUCCAUCUUUCAUAAGGUUCAACUUGUGAGAUAUGGUGCAAAAGCAAGAGACAGUAUUUUAGGAGAUCUUUUGAAAAGCAAGUCGGAUGAAGGUGUCAGAGUGUUGCUUCUUGUAUGGGAUGACCCCACUUCAAAAAGCUAUUUUGGAUAUAAAACGGAAGGGGUUAUGCAAACUCAUGAUGAAGAAACUCGUGCGUUUUUCAAGAAUUCAUCUGUUCAAGUUCUACUUUGUCCUCGUUCUAUAGCAAAGGGUAGCUGGGUCAAGAAGGAUGCUGAAACCAUUUAUAGCCAUCAUCAAAAGACUGUUAUAGUGGAUGCUGAUGCUGGUAUCAAAAGAAGGAUUAUGGCAUUUGUUGGAGGUCUUGAUUUAUGUGUGGGGCGUUAUGACACUCCAGAACAUUCUCUUUUUACUACAUUAAACACACUGCAUAAAGACGAUUAUCACAAUCCAAACUAUACAGGGCCCACAACAGGGUGUCCAAGAGAACCAUGGCAUGAUUUGCAUUGCAGGAUUGAAGGUCCAGCAGCAUAUGAUGUACUCCAAAACUUUGAGGAGAGAUGGUUGAGAGCUUCAAAGCCACGUGGCCUUUCAAUGACCAAAUUUUUUGAUGUGUUACUAAAAGUUGACAAGAUUCCAGACAUUUUAGGUGUAACUGAUGCUCGUUACACUAGUGAGAAAGAUCCAGAAGGUUGGCAUAUUCAGGUGUUUCGUUCAAUUGAUUCAAACUCUGUUAAAGGUAUAGGUUUCCCUAAAGACCCCAAAGAUGCUAAAAACAAGAAUUUAAUAUGUGGGAAAAAUGUGCUCAUAGACAUGAGUAUACAUACUGCAUAUGUGAAGGCCAUUCGUACUGCUCAACAUUUUAUCUAUAUUGAAAAUCAGUACUUUCUUGGUUCUUCAUAUAACUGGGCUAACAACAAAAGCUUAGGUGCAAACAAUUUGAUACCAAUGGAAAUAGCUCUUAAAAUCGCGAAUAAAAUCCGAGCAAAUGAGAGGUUUGCUGUAUAUAUUGUGAUUCCAAUGUGGCCUGAGGGAAAUCCUACGAAUUCCUCUACUCAACGGAUUCUGUUUUGGCAGCAUCAAACAAUGCAAAUGAUGUAUGACACUAUUUACAAGGCUUUACUAGAAACGGGGCUCCAAAACGAAUACGAACCACAAGAUUACUUAAACUUUUUCUGCCUUGGCACACGAGAGUCAUCUAAAUACGCACCUGUUUCUAAUGGGAAAGUUUCAUUUUCCCCAAAUACCCCUCAAGCGCUUAGCAUCACAAACAGACGUUUCAAGAUCCAUGUAAAUUCGAAAGGAAUGAUAGUCGAUGAUGAGUUUGUGAUAUUGGGUUCUGCAAACAUAAACCAACGCUCAUUAGAAGGUACACGCGACACUGAAAUUGCAAUGGGUGCAUAUCAGCCACAUCAUACAUGGGCCCACAAAGGUUCUAGUCCAGCUGGACAGGUAUCUGGGUACAGGAUGUCGUUAUGGGCGGAGCAUAUGGGAGAAGCUGAGAGCAUUUUUGAGGAACCACAGAGCGUUGAGUGUGUGAGGAGGGUGAGGUUGUUGGGUGAGCAGAAUUGGGAACAGUAUGCUGCUGAUCAAGUAUCGGAUAUGACGGCCCAUUUGCUUAAGUAUCCGGUGGAGGUUGACGGGAUGGGCCGGGUGAAGCCGCUCUCCGGCUGUCCGAAUUUUCCAGAUGUGGGUGGGAGUAUUGUGGGUUCUUUUGUUUCUGUUCAAGAGAAUCUCACCAUAUGAAGCUGCCAGAUGUGAUGUGUUUUUGCGUUUUUGAUUUUUUUUUUUUUUUUUUUUUUUUUUUUUUUUGUGUGUGUGUGUGCGCUUUCUUGAAUAAUAUGUGUUAUCUCAUAACAUAUUGUGUAAAAUAAUUAGUGAAUAAAUGGAAAAUUGUGAAGCUUCUAUGCCCUUUUGCGUC